CAAUGUAGCGAUUCAGAGUAGGCGUUCCAUUCGAGUGUAACAAACAGCAGAGACGGAGCAGCACGCUGCGCUGGAUCAACACACACACUGACAUUUGCUGAAGAAGAAGAAUAACAACAACAAUCACUAUAUAGCCACCAAACUUCCCUUUUACACAAAGAAAUAUCUGAACUGCAUAUCGCGAACACGUUCUCCCUGCAGCCGGAGGGGCUUUAGGCAACUGCAAGGAAGUCACCAUGUGAAAAAAUUUUAAUUUGCUAAACGGACAAAAGGGCUGGAUUACAAGAAAAGCGAAAGUUAAAAGGGCGUUAGCGGAAUGUCCGCCGAUGAGAAGCCUGAAGCCCCCAUGUACGUGUAUGAGUCGACGGUUCAUUGUACCAAUAUCCUGCUGUGUCUGAAUGACCAGAGGAAGCAGGACAUCCUGUGUGACGUGACCGUGCUGGUGGAGGGGAAGGAGUUCCGCGGCCACAGGGCCGUGCUGGCCGCCUGCAGCGAGUACUUCUUGCAGGUGCUCGUGGGACCCAGCGAGAAUGAGCUGGUCGUCAGCUUACCCGAGGAGGUCACAGCCAGGGGAUUCGCUCCAUUGUUGCAGUUUGCCUACACGGCUAAGCUGUUACUCAGCAGAGAAAACAUCCAGGAGGUGAUCCGCUGUGCCGAUUUCCUGCGCAUGCACAACCUGGAGGACUCCUGCUUCCGCUUCCUGGAGGCCCAGCUGCGCAGCGAGGACGACGGCCUGCUGCUCUGCCACAAGGUGGCGUCCUUCCCGCCGCCUGCCGCCGCUGCCGCCCUUGAGGACGACAACUCCGAGGACGAGGGGGCGCGGCCCGAGGCGAUGGGCGUGACCUCCCCGCGGGCCCGGCUCCGCCCUGACGCCCUGGGCUCCUCCCGGCGGCCGGACGAGGAGCGGCUGGUGGCGGUCGCCCCUGGUGACGCUGACAGGCGGCCGGACUUCGACAGGCACGGGGCUUCGGACCUGCCCCGCUGCCCCAAGUACAGGAAGUACCAGUGGGCGUGUGCCAAGCACAGCAACGACACCUCCUCGCACACCAGUACCUCAGGGUUUCCAAGCACAUUCAAGGAGGCGGGCGGCCACACCCACAGCCACGCCCAGCACCCGGUGCCCCGCAUCAAGGACGAGCCGCGCGAGGAGGAGGCCGUCUUGCUGGGCCUGUCGGGCGACGAGCAAGACAGCCAGGAACGGGACGGGGUGUCCGAGAUGGAGACGGACGUCGGGGAGCACAGCCCCAUGGCGGUGGACGGGCCCAGGGGCGGCAAGUCCCCCAGCUGCCUAGGCUCCUUCCUCAAGAGGGGCGGCGUGGAGCUGGCGGGCCUGCCCAACACCUCCCACCUUCCCUCCAAUAGCAGGCUCUCCUGUCCCCAAGACAAAGCAACCACUCAGGGUGACCACAAAAAGGACUUCGGGCCCUUCACCGGGGAGCUGGGGCUGCCCCCGGCGGCCCUCAGAGAGGGGGAUGGGUACCCCAUCAGGCUGCCGCUGAAGGCGGGGUCCUGCGACGGCGUCUGCAAGCAGGAGGCAGAGCUGGACCGCCGGAGCUCCGUCAUUUUCUCCUCAGGGGCGCCGGCGCACUCGUACCCGGGGGGAGCGUCCCUGGACAAGGACCUCUCAGAGCACACACCAAAGGGCCUGUGGGCGGGGGGCAGCCAGUCCCUCCCCUGCUCCCAGACCUACUCCCCCAGCGCGGGCGUGGCCGCCCCCGCCUCCGACGCCCCCCCAAUCCAGUGCCGCUCGCGCCCCAACACCAGCUGCCCCGUGCCAAUCAAGGUGUGCCCGCGCUCGCCGCCCUCGGAGACGCGCACCCGCACCUCUUCCUCCUGCUCCUCCUACUCCUACGCGGAGGACGGGAGCGGGGGGUCCCCCUGCAGCCUGCCCCAGUUCGAGUUCUCCUCCUCCCCCUGCUCCAACGCCGCGCGCUGCCUGGCUGCCGACCAGCAGGAGCAGGGCGGGCCCGGGGACGGCCUCUUCGGCCAGGCGCGCCCCAAGAUCAAGUGCGAGCAGUACGGCACCAACUCCAGCGACGAGUCGGGGUCCUUCUCCGAGGGGGACAGCGAGUCCUGCCACGUCCAGGAGCAAGGCCCGGAGGUUAAACUUCCUUUCCCUGUCGAUCAAAUCACAAAUCUUCCACGGAACGACUUCCAAAUGAUGGUAAAAAUGCACAAACUGACCUCAGAACAGCUGGAGUUCAUCCACGACGUCCGGCGCCGCAGCAAGAACCGCAUCGCCGCACAGCGCUGCCGCAAAAGGAAGCUGGACUGCAUCCUCAACCUGGAGUGCGAGAUCCGCAAACUGGUCUGUGAGAAAGAGAAGCUGCUAACAGAGAGGAACCAGCUGAAGGCCUGCAUGGGGGAGCUCUGGGAGAACUUCUCCUGCCUGUCCCAGGAGGUGUGCCGGGACGUGCAGCUGAGCCCGGAGCAGGUCCAGUCCCUACACCGCUACUGCCCGGUCCUGAGACCCGGCGACCCGGCCACCAGCCCCCCCGCCUCCGCCACCAGCAUCGACCUCACCACCCCCAACUCCGGCUCCCCCAACCCCGAACCCCACGCCCUCAGGUCCCCCUGCCCCUCCGAGAGCGAGCCCGGCUCCGCCCAGUGGGGGGUGGGCGACGGGGCCGAGAAGCUGGGUGGGGUGGUGCUAGCCGAGGGGCGGGACCCGGGUGCGUACCUGGAGUCAGGUAUCUCCUUCGAACAGUGCAACCAGACAGUAACGGUGGAUUUCUGCCAGGAAAUGACUGAGAAAUGUACAACUGACGAACAGCCCAGGAAGGACUGCACCUAGCAACGGUCAACACUACAGUUGUCUUAACAGCAGCAAUACUGUUCUCCAGGUAUGCUCUCCUAACCCGUGACAGAGUGGUUAACGCUCACAAUAAACCCCCACCAUGGUGCUACCCCCCUCGCCCGGCAGCGACCUCCACAGUGAAAACACUGUGCUUAUGUAUUAUAGUCCACUCACAGCAGGGACGGGCAGACCACCUCUCACAUCUCAAACGUCUGUGGACCUAACAGUAAACCUGUUUCGUCUCUCUCUCUCUCUCUCUCUCUCUCUCUGACUCUAUGACUCUCUCUUUCAGUGGCCCUUGUCACGGCAAUUCAAACUCAGGAAAUCUUCUGAAUGUUCAAUAUUGUUCAUAAGAAUAGAAAAUACAGCAUCUGUACAGUGAGUUUUAUACAGCAGCUAGAUAUGUACAUGUUCCAUGUGCAAAAAAAUGUCUACUGCAUUGCUCAUUUUUAGCAUUUCUCUACU